AUGAGGAUAGCACUGUCCUUGCUGCUAUUAUUAUCAAUCGUAACAGAUGUAGAACCUUUAAUCAGAGAGGCCCCUUUGCCUAAACAGUUGAAAGAAUGCUACCAGAAAUAUUCCAGAAAGUCACUGGCCUCCGUUGUUGGUAAAUCAUUAUGUUGGUACUGCGAAACAUCGCUGAGAGGUCGCAUGAAUCCACCCGCCGAACCAAUGGUACUCCCAAACAGAAGAGAUUAUAGACGUCUAGCGGAACCUCUCAUUAACCGUAGGGUGAAACGUCAAGCAGGGGGAAGCACAUGUAUUAGAAAGGAAUACCGAAUGUUAACAAGCGCAGAACGAGACAACUAUCAUAAUGCAAUCAACGCCUUAAAACAGGAUACAACGAUGACACCAAAUAUGUACGACGCUGUGGCUAUGUUCCAUGUUGGCGAUGCUUCUGUUCGAGCUCAUGGUGGUCCCGGAUUUUUGGGCUGGCAUCGAAUGUAUCUUGUUAUGUAUGAAAGAGCCUUACAAAGCAAAGUGCCUGGAGUUUGUAUUCCCUACAUCGAUAAUACCAUUGAAGCAGAAUUGGGCGAUGAUGGUUCUUAUCUUUGGUCAGAUGAAUUUUUGGGGACCCCUAAUGGUGUGGUUACAUCAGGUCCAUUCGCUAACUGGAAUACCCCUAUCGGAGAGUUGACACGAAAUGUGGGAAAUCAGGCCUUCCCCAUGGAUAAAGAUAUUUUAAAUGACAUUAUGUCAAGGGGAAGAAUUGAAGACAUCGUUUCACCAACUGCUGAAUUAGAACAUGACAUAGAAUAUCACCAUGGUUCUUACCACAUCCAUGUAGGUGGUUUAAUGGAAAGUAUUGAUACAGCAUCCUUUGAUCCAGUUUUCUUCAUGCAUCAUGCUUAUAUUGAUUAUGUUUGGGAACAAUUCAGACAGAAGACUUUGGCUGCAGGAGGUGACCCUACUCGAUAUCCCGAAUCAAAUGAUCUACCUCUUCAUACUGGAGAUACAGUUAUAAACGUCAUUCAAUUACCAACUGGUAAUGUUACUGUCACCCAAAGAGACAUGUACGCGACAUUAACGGAUUAUGAAUACCAACCAUCCCCAGAAUGUAGCCGCACAAACCCCGACUGUGGUUCGAUAUAUUUGGCAUGUAACAGAACAAGUUACAGAUGUUACCCUGUCAAUCCAAGUUUGCAGCCACCCGUGAAUCCAGGACCACCAAUUAAUCCAGGACCUCCAGUCAAUCCAGGACCACCAGUCAAUCCAGGACCACCUGUUAAUCCAGGACCACCUGUUAAUCCAGGACCACCUGUUGAUCCCCCAACUGAUCCGUGGACACCUGUUGAUCCAAGGCCACCCGUUAAUCCAGGACCUCCAAUAAAUCCUAUUCCACCAGUUAAUCCUAGGCCUUCUAACUGCAUCGAUAGUAAUAGAUAUAUUAAAGCUCCAAGAACAUGUCAAAAUACAUUCUGUAUUGAUGGUGUUUGUGACACAAACAAAUGGUCUUAUUUCCCUGUUAAAGUCAUCUCCAACAGAGCUCCCGAGUUCAGUGGAAGCGGAUCAUAUCCAGUACGAAAUGGUAAAGUAAUGACGAAGAACGACAUUUAUGAACCGAAAGCUUACACAGCUGUAAACCAAUAUGUGAGACCCAGGGCUGUUGAGCCUAAAGGUUAUGGCAAUUGUCAAGACACUCAUGGUAUUGGACAAAUAUUCAUCUCUUCACAAGGUAUCAAUUACGAAGGAUAUUAUUCAGAAUCUUCCAUUAUUGAUCAGCGUCUAGCUACCUCUAUCAGUAUAGCCUACUUAGCCGUCAAAGAUAUUGGAAUCUCUGGAAAGUCAACUGCUUUACUCCGUGCGUUUGAUCAGUGUGGAAGAAUUUGUCACACGGCCUGUAGAGUACCAGGAUCUAAUCCAGCUAAAUAUCGCCCAUGCUCCGGUGUGGUUGACAUCACUCCGGAUUUCCCCAAACAAUACAGUAGUUCUUAUGGCGAAUCAUUACUACAAGUCUGGGGCUACAAGCAAGAUAGAGAGUGUCCAAUAUUCGAGGGCGAAGAUUUCUUCAUGUCAUUUUAUUGUGAUUAUAAAGAUCGACUACCAUGGGUCGAGUCUGGACCAGUGUAUGGUCAAACACAGCCAAGUCCACUAAUUAUGCCUAUAUUUCAACCUAAACCAGUCGUACCACCUAAACCGAAAGCAGUAUGUAAAGUCAACACCAAGUGUACAGUCGAGGUGGCUUGUGAAAGCAGAAAAUGUUCAACCUAUGGCCACAUUAUACUCGAAACUAUCUUAGCACUAGGAUAUCCCAGAAACAGUGUUUGA